AUGGGCACCCCUGACAAGAAGAUAUCUGAUAUUGUUGAUGUAGUUAGGUCCUGGAUCCCUCGAAGGAUUGAGCCACCAAAUGUGUCGAGGGACUUUUGGAUGCCAGAUCAAAGCUGUAGGGUAUGCUACGAGUGUGAUUCACAUUUCACUGUAUUCAACCGAAGGCAUCACUGUAGAAUCUGUGGUCGUGUUUUUUGUGCAAAAUGCACUGCCAAUUCUGUUCCUGCGUCUUUGCAUGAUCCAAAUACUGCUCGUGAAGAUUGGGAAAGGAUUAGGGUUUGUAACUAUUGCUUUAAACAAUGGGAGAAGGGAGUAGCAGCAGUUGAUAAUGGCACUCCCUCAGCUAUCCCUUGUCUCAGCCCUUCACCGUCUUCGACAAGCUUGGUCAGCUCUAAGUCUAGUUGCACCUGUCACAGUAGCAGCAGCACUGCCGGUUCAGUUCCUUAUUCAACUGGGUCUUAUCAGUGUGUGCCUUCUAGUCCACAUCAAUCUUCCCAAUUGAAUCUGAUAAUGGAUGAGCAAGAAAAUUUAAAUUCGGAGAGGAGUACUAAUGACACUCUGGCUGUAGAGAAUUUGAAUUCUAACCAAUAUGGCUAUUGCUUCAACAGGAGUGACGACGAGGAUGAUGAUUAUGGUGUUUACCAUUCCGAUACAGAAUCAAGGCCUUAUUCUCGCAUCAAUGACUAUGACGACCUAGUUAACAUUCAGGGGAUUGGCCGUGUCUAUGGACCACAUAUAAUGCAUUCUGAUGGAGAUAACAUUCAAGAAAGAAGUUCGAAUUGUGUAGAGGCACCACAGAAUCUUGAGUUAGAAGGUGCAGAUGGAAUUCAAGCACUGGGAAAAGAAGCGGAUGAGCACGGUCAUACUGAUGGAUGCGAAACAUCUCCCUAUCAGGAGGAGGCUAAUAAUAUGGAGCCUGUGGAUUUUGAGAAUAAUGGGCUUCUGUGGCUACCUCCUGAGGCGGAGGAUGAAGAGGAUGAUAGAGAAGCUGUACUUUGUGAUGAUGAUGAAGAUGAAGGUAGUACCGGAGAAUGGGGAUAUCUACGAUCCUCCUCUAGCUUUGGUUCUGGAGAAUUUAGCAGCAGAGAUAAAUCUGGUGAUAAUAGGACGGCCAUGAAGAAUGUUGUGGAAGGGCAUUUUAGAGCUCUGGUAGCUCAGCUUUUGCAGGUGGAAAGCCUAACUGUUGAUGACGACGGAAAAGAGAGUUGGUUGGAUAUAAUUACUACUUUGUCUUGGGAAGCUGCAACCCUUCUGAAGCCUGAUACGAGCAGGGGUGGAGGUAUGGAUCCUGGUGGAUAUGUAAAGGUUAAAUGCAUAGCUAGUGGGCAUCGAAAUGAAAGUUUGGUGGUUAAAGGCAUAGUUUGUAAGAAGAAUGUGGCUCAUCGGCGAAUGACAUCAAAAAUUGAUAAACCACGUUUUCUAAUACUUGGAGGUGCUUUGGAGUAUCAACGUGUUUCUAACCAGUUAUCAAGUGUUGAUACAUUGUUACAGCAGGAGAUGGACCAUUUGAAGAUGGCAGUUGCGAAGAUUGAUGCUCAUCACCCCAAUGUUCUUUUGGUAGAGAAGUCAGUAUCUCGUUAUGCUCAAGAGUACCUUCUUGCUAAAGACAUAUCUCUUGUUCUGAAUAUUAAAAGGCCACUUUUAGAACGUAUUGCCCGUUGUACCGGGGCCCAGAUUGUCCCUUCAAUUGAUCAUUUGACCUCCCCAAAACUGGGUUACUGUGAAAAGUUCCAUGUCGACAAGUUCUUUGAAGAACAUGGCAGUGCUGGACAAAUUGGGAAAAAAUCAACAAAGACUUUGAUGUUCUUUGAGGAUUGCCCGAAACCGCUGGGUUGCACGAUCUUGCUCAAAGGAUCAAAUGGGGAUGAGUUGAAGAAGGUGAAACAUGUAGUCCAAUAUGGAGUCUUUGCAGCCUAUCAUUUGGCGCUGGAAACAUCUUUUCUGGCAGAUGAAGGUGCUUCACCCCUAGAGCUUCCCUUAAAAUCUCCCAUAACCGUUGCACUACCUGAUAAACCAUCUAGUAUUGUAAAAUCCAUUUCAACAAUCCCUGGAUUUUCUGCUGUCACUGGUAGAGAGCAUCAGGGAGCUGAAACUAAUAAAGAAGUACUGAAAUGUAAUGAUGGGUACAAGGCACAUAGAACCUUAUCUAGCUGCAGUGGAUCCAUUGAAAGAUCACUGGUGGGUGAAUCUAUUAACAGUGUUGCCUCGGAGAAGGAUGACAAAGAACGUCCCAAGGAAUCUAUACAUUACAGACAAGAUGAAGGAACGAAGACAAUGAUACACGCUGAUCUUAUUUCAGAUUUCUUUGGCACCUUUGAGCCUUCCGGGAGAGAUGGCAAUAACCACAUCAAAGCUGUAGCACUGACUUCAAAUCGAGGAGCUGGUCCUGAGUCACCUGUUGUAAAACACGAUGAUGACAGGAGUUAUAAUUUUGAAAAUGACAUGAUACACUCACAAGAAGAUUUUCCUCCCUCAACUUCCGACCAUCAGAGUAUUUUGGUCUUCUUAUCAACACGUUGUGUGUGGAAAGGAACUGUUUGUGAAAGAUCCCAUCUUGUGAGAAUUAAAUACUAUGGAAGCUCUGAUAAGCCUUUGGGUCGAUUUUUGAGAGAUCAACUAUUUGAUCAGAGUUACACUUGCCGCUCAUGUGAAAUGCCACCGGAAGCUCAUGUUCAUUGUUAUACUCAUAGGCAAGGGAGCCUGACAAUUUCUGUUAAGAAAAUAUCUGAGUUUCCUUUACCAGGGGAGAGGGAAGCAGCAAGCAGGGUUGCAAAUUGUGGUCAUUCUCUCCACAGAGACUGUUUAAGAUUCUACGGAUUUGGGAAGAUGGUUGCCUGCUUUCGCUAUGCUUCAAUUGACCUUCAUUCUGUUUAUCUUCCCCCAUCUAAACUGGAAUUCAACUGUGAUGGUCAGGACUGGCUACAGAAAGAAGUAGAUGAGGUACAUAACAAGGCUGAAAUACUGUUUAGUGAAGUGUGCAACACUCUAAAUCAAAUUUCAGAGAAGUUUUCAGGUUUUGUGCUGCAGGAGGGUGGAAAUACAGUGGCAGAUUUUAGGCAUUUGAUUGCUGAACUUGAAGGAAUGCUGCAGAAAGAGAAAGAAGAACUCGAGGAUUUGUUACAAAAGUUUCUGCAUAACGAGGCCAAAACUGGUGGGCUCAUGGUUGAUAUUCUAGAGCUCUGUAAAUUGCGCCGGCAUAUCCUUAUUCUUUCUUAUGUAUGGGACCAGCGUCUGGUAUAUGCAUCCAAUCAAAGUAAAAUUACUUUUUCACAAGAUUCAAGGAACUCCUAUCAGAAAGAGAAAUCAAUUGGUUCUAAGGAAAAGGUUGUUGAUACAGAUGUGGCCACAAGGCCUGCAAGAGGCCAUAGCAGUUCUGAUUUUUCUCUUUUGAAAACAAAACCUAAUGGAAACCUUGAUUUAGAAAACACUAGCCACCUUAGCCAGUCUGGUGAAAUGAUCAAAGGUGAGGACAAAAGUAAAGACACUGCCCAUGUUAAGUUUGAUCUUUCCCUCUCUCCUAGCACAAAUAUCAACGAUAAAUCUAACUGUUCGGAGUUUGGAGGAUCUGUACGGAGGAGAUCUUCGUCUGAAGGAGGGUCUCGUAAUGUGGCUGAUUUAUCUGAUACCCUUGAUGCGGCUUGGACUGGUGAAACUCAUCCGGAAGAUAUACUGUACAAGGAAAAUGGUUGUCAAGUUUCUGAUGUGGAAGCUGUGACGGUUCAUUCACCUACGGCAACAGUUACUGCAAAAUCCAAUCUCGAUAACUAUACUGCUGAUAUAGGUAGGAUUGAAACAGGUUACACUCAUGACUCUAGAUUGCAUUCCAAAGGACUUGAUAUUAGAUGGGCUGGGAUGCCUUUUGCUAACUCAUGCUCAGUCAACAAAACUUCAGCCUUCAAUACACAGAAGCUUGUUGAUUACAACUUUGUCCACAUUUUAUCAUUUCGAGAGUUGGACCGCCAGACUGGUGCUAGACUGCUUCUGCCUGCUGGCAUUAAUGAUACCAUAGUGCCUGUCUAUGAUGAUGAGCCUACUAGUGUUAUAGCACAUGUGCUUGUAUCAAAAGAUUAUCAUAUCCAGAUGUCAGAAUCUGAUAGACCUAAAGACAGUUUAGACAGUUCAGUUUCAUUGCCACUAUUUGACUCAACCAGCCUACUUUCUCUCAACUCUUUUGAUGAGACUAUUACUAAUAGUUACAGAUCUUCUGAUGAGAGCACGACGUUAUCCACUUCAGGGUCUCGAAGUUCACUGUUUGGGGAUUCAUCCCUGUACUCAAAGGACUUUCAUGCAAGAGUUUCUUUUAACGAUGACAGCUCCCUUGGAAAAGUGAAAUAUACUGUAACUUGCUACUAUGCAAAGAGAUUUGAGGCUCUAAGAAGAACUUGUUGCCCUACUGAACUAGAUUUUGUGCGGUCCCUUAGCCGUUGUAAAAAGUGGGGGGCUCAGGGAGGAAAGAGUAAUGUUUUCUUUGCAAAAACUCUCGAUGAUAGAUUUGUUGUCAAGCAGGUUACAAAGACAGAGCUUGAAUCAUUUAUCAAGGUUGCACCAGCUUAUUUUAAAUAUUUAUCUGAGUCAAUCAAUACAGGAAGCCCAACCUGUCUAGCAAAGAUCUUGGGCAUUUAUCAGGUAACAUCAAAGCAUCUCAAAGGAGGGAAGGAAACAAAAAUGGAUGUUCUGGUUAUGGAAAAUCUUCUUUAUCGGCGGAACAUUAGGCGGCUUUAUGACCUCAAAGGUUCUUCUCGAUCAAGGUACAAUCCAGAUACAAGUGGGAGCAAUAAAGUUCUUCUGGAUCAGAAUCUCAUUGAAGCUAUGCCAACCUCUCCAAUAUUUGUCGGGAACAAGGCAAAGCGGCUUCUUGAGAGGGCUGUGUGGAAUGAUACUGCAUUCCUUGCUUCAAUAUAUGUGAUGGACUACUCAUUGCUGGUUGGCGUGGACGAGGAGAAGCAUGAGCUAGUUUUAGGCAUCAUUGAUUUUAUGAGGCAAUAUACAUGGGACAAGCACCUUGAAACUUGGGUGAAGACCUCAGGCAUUCUUGGUGGACCCAAGAAUACUUCUCCAACUGUUAUAUCACCUCAGCAGUACAAGAAACGGUUCAGAAAAGCAAUGAGCUUAUAUUUUCUUAUGGUGCCAGAUCAAUGGUCUCCUCCAAGCUUACAAACUAGUGAAUCUCAAACCGACCUUUGUGACGAAAAUUCAUGA